AUGUCAAAAGUAACCUUCGCCAUCGUCGCCGGCGCCGGCGCAGCAGUCGGAGCAGCAGCCACAGCCGCCCUCUUCAACAAGUCCUCCUCCUCCUCCCCCGAAGGCCCCAGGGUUCCUUCUUCUCCCUCCCCCGCCGCCGCCGCUCCCGGUGCUAAACCCCCAUCCAAACCCCCCUCCGGCCCCUCCCCCGUCAACCCCUCGGGCCUCUUCGACUACGGCUUCCCCGGCCCCACCUCCGACCUCGCCUCCCGCACCUCCUUCAUCUCCUCCUACGACCGCCGCACCCGCAACCCCCACUGGGUAGCAGAGCACAUAACCCCCCAAUCCCUCUCCCUCAAAUCCGGUGACCGCAAAAACUCGCAAUUCCUCGAAGACCCCUCCAUCCCCGAAAAAUUCCGCGCCAAACUCAAAGACUAUUUCCGCUCCGGCUACGACCGCGGCCACCAAGUCCCCGCCGCAGACUGCAAGUGGUCCCAGUCCGCCAUGGACGAGACGUUUUACCUCAGCAACAUGUGCCCCCAGGUCGGGGAGGGGUUCAACAGGGAUUACUGGGCGCAUUUUGAGGAUUUCUGUCGGAGGCUAACAAGCAAGUACCCCAGUGUGAGGGUGGUGACGGGGCCGUUGUAUCUGCCAAGAAAAGAGGAGGACGGGAAGUGGUACGUCAAGUACGAGGUGGUGGGCAGCCCGGCGCCGAACGUGGCGGUGCCGACGCAUUUUUACAAGGUCAUCUUUGCCGAGGAGAAGGACUCGAAAGAUGGGCCGGUGGCGGUGGGGGCGUUUGUGCUGCCCAAUGCGGUUAUUUCUAAUAGCAAACCUCUUCAAGAGUUCGAGGUCCCGUUGGAGAUGGUGGAGAGGGCGUCGGGGUUGGAGUUUGCGGACAAGUUGGAUGUGAGGAGGAGGAAGAGGCUUUGUGCCGAGACGAGCUGUAGUGUGAUUGUCAAGGAGUAUGCGCAGAGGCAGAAGGCUUUUGAGAAGAAAUAA